AUGUCGUCUCCUGCUGGUCGUCGACAGCGCAACUCUCAAUCUGCGACCCCUAGGCGCACAUCAGCAAGAAAUUCACAAGCCUUUCCAAGUAGCCCACCGGAUCCCGCUGCUGCUCAACUUCAAAAUGAAGCAGCUUCGUCGCAAGGCGUUACAGGUACCCCUCGGCGGGGUAUCAUUCCAUCGUCGUCGCCUAUGAACUAUAGAUCAUCUCCGGCAGACGCUGCACGAUUCAAUCGAGAUAUCAGUUCGCCGCUGAGACAAAUGACAAAUACUCAGUCGACGCAAGAAGAUGGCGAUCGUACUCCAAGAGCAGGUGGUAGCGCUCUUAUCGGUGACUCCUCACCGAUCAGAUACGAAGCAAGUUCUAGUCCUGGUAGAGCAUAUGCCAAUGAUCCCCAAUCAAACAUUCCAAGUGACAGCAGUGGCCUUUUCGUUCGCUCUUCUCGUUCUCAAGGACCUGGAUCUGCAAUUAACAAUUCUCGAAGAGGGGAUAUCACAUCUGAUAACCUUAACACACCCCGCGCCAGAAGACGUAUAUUCAUGGAUGAAAGUGGGCGUGUUGUAAGAGAUGUCCCACCUGAAGAUGCGGAAGCCCCUUCAUUCUCGAACCUCGACCCAACAACUUCAGAUGCGCAAGCUAUGGGAGGCAAUUCUACACUUUGUAUCUGGGGCACAAAUGUUUCCAUAAACGAUACGUUGUCCACAUUUAAGGACUUCCUUCGAAACUACACCAAAAAAUACCGCAUGUGGGGUGAGGGAAUGUCUGAGGAAGAUACCCAAGCCGAUCCUGAGUCAAACUCGAAGGAAUAUUUAGAGAUGAUGCAAAAUAUGCUGACUCUUGGAAUUACAAGUCUUAAUCUGGAUUUCCGCAAUCUCAAGGCAUACCCUCCUACCAAGAAACUUUGGCAGCAAGCGCAAGAUUACCCUCAGGAUAUUGUUACGCUUAUGGAUCAAGGUAUUAAAGAUGUGAUGUACGAGAUCGCAGAAAAUCAAAUGGCAAUUCAAAGGCAAUCACAGAGUUCCACCGGACAGGGAUCCGGACGAAGUAGAGUUCAAAGCUCGGAACCUCCUGUCCCAAGUUCAGAGAGGGGCGACGCCGAUGCUGCAACACCAAGAGGACAAGAUUCUAAUGAAGUGGAUUUAUGUGCUGAGGUACAAAAGAGAUCUUAUAGAGUUAGACCCUUUGGUCUGGACAAAACUAUUAACAUGAGAGAACUUGAUCCAUCCGACGUCGAUAAAAUUAUAGCUAUCAAGGGACUCGUCAUUCGAACUACACCGAUAAUUCCAGACAUGAAAGAUGCAUUCUUCAAGUGUUCUGUGUGCAAUCAUACAGUCAAGGUUGAUAUUGACCGUGGUAAGAUUGCCGAGCCCACAGAAUGCCCUCGUCCUGUUUGUAAAUCUCCAAAUUCCAUGCAGAUUGUACACAACAGGUCUGGAUUCAUGGACAAGCAAGUCAUCAAACUUCAAGAGACCCCAGAUUCCGUUCCUGCUGGUCAAACACCUCAUUCUGUGUCGAUGUGCGCAUACGAUGAAUUGGUGGAUCUCUGCAAAGCUGGUGACAGAGUUGAAAUUACUGGUAUCUUCAAGGCUAGCCCAGUCCGCGUAAAUCCACGUCAACGGACUCUUAAAAGUAUUUAUAAAACCUACAUCGAUGUUUUACAUAUCCAGAAGGUUGACAAGAAGAGAAUGGGGAUCGAUGCUUCGACCGUUGAACAAGAAAUAUCCGAUCAAUUAACUGGUAAUAUUGAAGAGACUAGAAAGGUUUCCGAAGAGGAGGAAGAAAAAAUCAAAGAAACCGCCGCAAGGCCCGAUAUCUAUGAGCUUCUAUCUCGCUCCCUUGCUCCUAGUAUCUUUGAAAUGGAUGAUGUUAAGAAGGGCAUCUUGCUUCAAUUGUUUGGAGGAACAAACAAAUCUUUCGAAAAAGGAGGAAGUCCCAAAUAUAGAGGAGAUAUCAACAUUCUACUAUGUGGGGACCCUUCUACUUCGAAAUCUCAGAUUCUACAAUACGUACAUAAGAUUGCUCCUCGUGGUGUGUAUACCAGUGGUAAAGGAUCAUCGGCAGUUGGUUUGACAGCAUAUGUUACUCGAGACCCAGAAACACGCCAGCUUGUCCUCGAAUCCGGAGCCCUUGUUUUGUCAGAUGGAGGUGUUUGCUGUAUUGAUGAAUUUGACAAAAUGUCCGAUGCUACUCGAUCAGUCUUGCACGAGGUUAUGGAACAACAAACUGUCUCUAUUGCCAAGGCAGGAAUCAUCACAACUCUGAAUGCCCGAACGAGCAUUCUUGCAUCCGCAAAUCCAAUUGGGAGUAAAUACAAUCCGAACUUACCAGUACCGCAGAACAUUGAUCUCCCACCUACUUUACUUUCCAGAUUUGAUCUUGUCUACUUGAUCUUGGAUCGUAUUGAUGAGACUAAUGAUCACGAUAAACCGCAAAGUGCUUCAGGAGGAAUGGAGAUUUUGCCUAUUGAGUUCCUGACCUCCUAUAUCUCCUACGCUCGUGCUAAGUGUCAACCACGAAUCAGUCAAGAAGCAUCUGCCGAACUUGUCACCGCCUAUGUCGAGAUGCGCAAACUUGGCGAGGAUAUCCGCGCCGCUGAACGUCGUAUCACAGCCACAACUCGUCAACUCGAAUCCAUGAUUCGUCUUUCCGAAGCACAUGCUAAAAUGCGUUUGUCGGGAAUUGUUACGAAGGAAGAUGUACAAGAAGCAGUCCGGUUGAUCAAGAGUGCUUUAAAACAAGCGGCUACAGAUGCGAGAACCGGAUUGAUUGAUAUGAGUCUUUUGACUGAAGGCACAAGUGCUAGUGAGAGAAGAAGAAAGGGUGAUCUGAAGAAUGCGGUGCUGGGUGUCGUGGAUGAGAUGACCGGACCCGGUGGAAAUGCUAGAUGGACGGAAGUGGUUAGAAAAUUGGGAGAGCAGAGUAGCAUGCAAGUUGACUCUGCAGAGUUUGGCGAGGCAGUUAGGGGUUUGGAGCUAGAAGGCCAAUUGGAUAUGUUAUUAGUUGAACUGUAUAUGUCAGAUCAAGCUGGGAAGAAGGAAAUAGUGGUUUCAUUGUUAAUUCGAGCACCCGAGUAA